AGCUCUUCGACAAUACCACACAGCCAAAUCGACCUCCACAACCGUCGCCAUGGCCAAAUCCAAGAACUCGUCUCAGCACAACCAGUCCAAGAAGAACCACCGAAACGGUAUCAAGAAACCCAAGACGCACCGUUACCCCUCGCUCAAGGGCACCGACCCCAAGUUCAGGAGGAACCACAGGCAUGCUCUGCACGGCACCAUGCGCGCUCUGAAGGAGGUCAAGGAGGGCAAGCGCGAGAGCGCAUAGAGGCCGACACGAUUACGAGCGAGCGACGAUGGCGGUUUUCGAUUCCUUUAUGAGACAUCCGGUCGGCGUCAAUGGCAUUCGGACUUUGUUUGACAGCUUCGAACUCGAGGGAUGGAAGCAUGUGGCUUCAGGCCUACCGCAGGCAUGAACAAUGAAUAAGUCGAAAAGUCAGUUCGGUCCUCCCAGCGCGCGAGUGUCCAUGUGAUGUGUUAGAGUGGCCGACGGAGCGACAAGAUGCAGCCAGGUAAGUGAGAUGCGUGACGGAGAUGCAAAUCUCAACCCAGCCAUUAGUGUGUACAGCAACAGAGCUCUUCCAUGCUCGACCUGCUGAAGGAAAAUCAUCGUGGCAAGAACAACUCACCCCAUCAUUACCAAACACACUGCCUUUUGCCCUGUAGGGCACGUGUGCAUGAAGAUGGGGUUACAUACCAAUUUUGAGAGCAGGAUUAGCACCGAGAGGCAGCUUAUAAGAAUGCAAUAAUAUGAUG